UCAUCAUUCAUUAAUAGAAAGAAAUCAAAAUGAACAAAAAUGGAAAUAAGUGCGCAUUGUACGUAAUCUAUAAUCCGAACUUUAAAUAUUAUUUAAAUAUUAUACGAAUUUUUUUGACAAGUAAUUUCUCUUUUAAUAAAAACUUCAUAUUAUAUAAGAAUGAUCAACCUCACGUUUACUAUUUGUCAUCCCAUAAGUUAAAGAAUCCUUUAAUAAACUCCAAGAUUAAAGAAUAAAGAUUCUUUUCAAGUACUCAAAUGGAGAUCUGAUUAUU